GCCAACAGGGUCAUAUUUUAACGGGAGGGUUACCCGCUUUUCGUACCCUCUUUAUUUUGAUUGGUAAAGCUUUUCUUUUUCAAAACUUUUCUUUCCGAACCCGCUUUUCGAAGGAUAAUCAUUCUCCUUGUUUCUACUCUCCCUCUCCCGCGCUGUUUUACCCAAACAAGUAGUACUUAAUUCUUCUUAAGAUGAAAAUUUUCCCUUUUUUCUUGAACCAACCUAUGGAGAUGGUUUCGCUAGACGUUUUAGGGACAAUCCAGUCUUCGGCAGCUUCGUCAGACUCUUUGAUAUAGACCUGCAGAUUUAAGCCCAGCCAACGGAGCUCAUUUACCUCAAACAUACACAAAAGUUCCUGCAUAAUUGCAGAAAUGGACCCUUCCAUGAUGAAGCUCCUUGAGGAAGAUGAGGAUGAGUCAAUGCAUUCGGAGGCAGAUUUGGAGGCGUUCACUGCUGCCUUAAAUAAGAAUAUUAAAGGAGACAGUUCAACAUCUCAGCCAUCAGAUUCUGGUAGAGGAAGUUGUUGCACCUUAAAUCAGUCUGCUCCAUGGCAAACUUCUGGCGAUGAUGAAAAUGCCGAUCAUCAGAGUCUUCAAAAUUCGCAGAACAUGCAGCAAAAGGAGGGAGAUUCAUCUGAUAUGGAACUAAAGCAACAUGGUAUAGAUGCUCCUACUCAACAACACGAAGAUGAUUCCUCACAGGAGCUCAAUUCCCUUCGUUUGCAGCAUAUACAUGCCAAAGAUGCUUAUCAACUACUGAGGGCUGAACAAAACACACUUCACGCCUCUGAGGUGUUGAAUUUGAAGAGAUCUGAAAAGAAUCCUGAAAAUUUAGAUUCCCGGCAUCUAAACUUGCAGGGAUUGAGUAAUCAACAAUCUAUGCAGUCAUUUCCAACAGGGACUAGCGGUCAGCAAUUGAUGGCAGCAAAGACAAGUAAUCAACCAAAAUCUGCAACUGGUUUGAGUAGCCAACCAGCAAUAGAUGUAGUUAAACAGGGCAAACAAGUGCCUUUUGCCAUCCUUAUCCCUCACAUACAACGCCAACUCGACAAAGACAGGGCGAUGCAUCUUCAGACUCUCUACCUUAAACUCAGGAAAAAUGAAAUCACUAAGGAAGGUUUUAUACGACACAUGAGAAGUAUAAUAGGUGAGCAGAUGCUCAAAAUGGCUGUAUACAAAUUCCAAUCUCAGGCAGCUAGAAAUGAUCAGGCUGUACCUCAGUCUCAGGCUUCACCACAGCAACACCAGCAAAAUCGAACUGAUGAUUCAAGCAACUUGGCAGGUGAUAGUAAUGCUAAAAAAUUGCAUGAGGUGGAAAACCAAGCAGAUUUGCAUGGAACACCAGGAAGCCAAAUUUCUUCUUCUAGUUUGUUUGCUGUAAAACAAGAAAGAGAUUGUUCAGCAUUCCCAGUAAAGGGUCUUAAUAAGCAACAACAGCAGCAUUUGCACUUUUCACAGGCAUCUUUUCCCAAGUUUGCAAAUAUUGGGGACACCUAUAGUCCAUAUUCUGUAACUAAUGUUAGUUCAUCUGUGGGGACACCAGUCAAACAGCCAUCUAAUGAUAUACAGAUAAGGCAAAUUCCGGCUUAUCCAAAUAGAAAUGCAACUCCAUUAAGAGCCUCAACACAUGCCGUGAAUAUGAUAAAGGCACCUAAGCUUGAAAGACAAAAUUCAUUUGGUGAACCCAAAAGAAUACCAGGUGGAAGUCUUUCUCAUGUGUCAAAUACAUCAACAAUGCAACAGAGUUCACUUCAAUGCUCACGGUCCACCAAUAAAGUGCAGAAAAUUCUUCUUUCGACACCAAUGACCAAUCUAAAGCCUGAACCAAUUGAUCAUUUGCAUGACCAGGGGCGUGAAUCACAGUUGGCAUCCUUCGCAUCAGUUCAAGUAGAACAAGGAAAUUCCAGCUCAGUGAGUUCAAAGGUUGAAGCUUUUAAAAUGCAGACUUCUAGAAUGGGUAUCUCAACAACCACUAGCAUCAAACCUUCAAAUUUACUCUCCCCUUCAGUGUCAUCUCAAAUGGACCCUAAUACAUUGUUGAAUUCUAGAACACCUUCUGUGAUAUCUCCCAUUGGGCCCGCAAACAAUGGAAAGAUACCCUUGAAAAUGCCUACUAUCGGGCAGAAGAAGCCUCUCGUUACGCAAGGUUUCUCUCCUCCACCUUCAGGAAAGAAGCAAAAGGUGUCUGGAGCCUUUCCAGAUCAGAGCAUUGAACAACUUAAUGAUGUUACGGCUGUUAGUGGAGUUAAUCUAAAGGAGGAGGAAGAACAACUAUUUUCUGGGCCCAAGGAAGACAGUCGAGUUUCUGAAGCAUCUCAUCAAGCUGUGCGAGAAGAAGAGGAAAGGCUGAUUCUGCAGAAAAUUCCGCUUCAAAAGAAAUUGACUGGAAUAAUGGCAAAAUGUGGUUUAAAGAAUAUGAGCAGUGAUGUCGAAAGAUGCUUAUCAUUGUGUGUGGAGGAAAGGAUGCGUGGACUUAUGAGCAGUCUCAUCAGACUAUCGAAACAGAGGGUCAAUAUUGAGAAGUCAAGACAUAGAACAAUUGUCACCUCAGAUGUUGGUCAACAAAUAAUGUUAAUGAACCGGAAAGUUCGGGAAGAAUGGGAAAAGAAGCAGGCAGAAGCAGAAAAAUUACAAGUGGCAAAUGAACCGGAGGGUGAUAUUGGAGAUGAUGGUGAUAAGGAGAAGGAUGCAGGUCGCAUAAGGUCAAUGAAGAGAAACAAGGAAGAUGAUGACAAGUUGCGGACAACAGCUGCAAAUGUUGCUGCUCGAGCUGCAGUUGGAGGAGAUGAUAUGAUGUCGAAGUGGCAAUUAAUGGCUGAACAGGCCAGGCAGAAGCGAGAAGGGGCACUCGACAUGGUGUCUCCUUCACAGCCUGGUAAAGAUGUGAAGUGGAGGUCCUUAUCAACUCCCACAAGAAAUCUGAGAGACAAUCAAGAAGCUAAGAACAGAAGCCAGUCAACUGCCCCUAUUACACUUGGUGCUGUUAGAAGAGUUGGCAAAAGUCAAGUUGCAGUACACGCCAGGGUUCCUCGUAAUAUUACUGUCAAGGAUGUGAUAGCCGUCCUUGAAAGAGAACCUCAAAUGUUUAAGUCUACAUUGAUAUACCGCUUCCAUGAAAAAUGACGGUCUGAUGCUCCAGCUGAAUUAGUACGUUUAGGAGCCAAGUGUUGAUAGUUGACUGUGGGGCCGGGGGGAUUGAGCUUACAAAAUUGGUCUCAAUUAGAGGCAGUUUUUGAUGUCUGUAGUUGAAAGUAUUAGUGAAUCAAUAUCCAUGUGGUCGUUUAUAAGUAAAUGUUGUAAUAUAUGCUGACAGUUUACGUAAUUUUCAGAUUAACAAUAGCGCAUA